AUGUCUUGGGGAUUGGGCUGGAAGCGGCCCUCGGAGAUCUUCCAUCUCACGCUCACAUACGGCACCGAGGGUCCGCCGGAGAACUUCAACCGUACGUCGUCAUCGUCCUCGUCUUCAAUUGUUUCGCAGGAUCAAGAAUUAGGGUUUCGAAUCGACUUGGAUUGGUCGGCCGGAGACGAUGAGGAGCAGGUGGCGCUCAGGCUCCAGUCCCAGCUAAUGGUGGCUUUGCCGAUGCCGCAGGACACGGUGGUGGUCGAAUUGAGGACCGAGGAAUCUGAAGAAGCCGAGGAGGCGAAUGUGGGUGUGGAUAUGAGGGUGGUGAGGCGCAGAGAGCCGUUGAGAGCCGUGACCAUGACCAAGGCCGCCGGGUCGGGCCAGCAAAGCGAUGGCACUGGGGUCUUGACUCGUUUGUUGCGAUCCAAUUUCACAUCGUCAAUGCCUGCAGUUUCCGACGGUGUGGCGGCUUGCGGUGUACAUUGGCAGUGCGUCACCGUCGUCAAUCUCGGUGGUUGUGGGUUGUCGGUAUUGCCGGUAGAGCUAACUCGUCUGCCUCUUCUUGAGAAGCUAUACCUUGAUAACAAUAAGUUGUCUCUUUUGCCUUCGGAGCUUGGUGAGUUAAAAACCUUAAAAGUGCUCAGGGUAGACUACAACAUGCUGGUUUCAGUACCUGUAGAACUGAGACAGUGUGUUGGAUUGGUGGAACUGUCAUUGGAACACAACAAGCUUGUUCGGCCUCUGCUUGAUUUCAGGGCUAUGGCUGAGCUACGGGUUCUUAGGCUAUUUGGGAAUCCUCUGGAAUUUCUUCCUGAAAUCUUGCCGCUCCACAAACUUCAUCAUUUGUCUCUUGCAAAUAUCAGGAUUGUGGCUGAUGACAAUUUGAGAUCAGUGAAUGUGCAGAUAGAGAUGGAAAACAGUUCUUAUUUUGGUGCAUCUAGGCAUAAGCUGAGUGCCUUUUUCUCUCUCAUAUUCCGUUUUUCUUCUUGUCAUCACCCUUUACUAGCAUCUGCACUAGCAAAGAUAAUGCAAGACGAAGGAAACCGUGUAGUUGUUGGUAAGGAUGAGAAUGCAGUGCGGCAGCUUAUAAGUAUGAUAAGCAGUGAUAACCAUCAUGUGGUUGAACAGGCAUGUUCUGCUCUUUCAUCUCUUGCUGCAGAUGUUUCAGUUGCCAUGCAGUUGAUGAAAUCUGACAUCAUGCAACCCAUUGAAACGGUAUUGAAAUCUGUUCCCCAAGGGGAAGUCAUUUCUGUAUUACAAGUUGUGGUGAAGCUGGCUUUUGCAUCUGAUGCCGUAGCUCAGAAGAUGCUGACCAAGGAUGUAUUGAAGUCCUUAAAAGUAUUAUGUGCCCACAAAACCCCAGAGGUGCAAAGGUUAGCUCUGUUAGCAGUAGGAAACUUGGCCUUCUGUUUGGAGAAUCGCCGUCUUUUGGUUACUUCUGAAAGCUUGUGUGAACUUCUCAUGCGGUUGAUGGCUGCACCUGAUCCACGUGUGCAUAAAGCUGCAGCUCGUGCUUUGGCAAUUCUUGGGGAGAAUGGAAAUCUACGACGUGCCAUAAGGGGCAGACAGGUGCCAAAGCAAGGACUUCGCAUACUCUCAAUGGAUGGUGGUGGCAUGAAAGGUCUGGCAACUGUGCAAAUUCUUAAGGCAAUUGAGAAGGGGACUGGAAAGCAGAUACAUGAGUUAUUUGACCUCAUAUGCGGCACAUCAACGGGUGGCAUGCUUGCUGUUGCCCUUGGUAUUAAGCUUAUGUCAUUAGAUCAGUGUGAAGAAAUAUACAAAAAUCUUGGAAAACUUGUAUUUGCUGAACCUGCACCAAAGGACAAUGAAGCUGCAACUUGGAGAGAGAAGUUAGAUCAGCUCUAUAAAAGUUCUUCGCAGAGUUUUAGAGUUGUUGUACAUGGAUCUAAACAUAGUGCAGAUCACUUUGAGAGGUUGUUGAAGGAAAUGUGUGCAGAUGAGGAUGGAGAUCUAUUAAUAGAGUCCGCAGUAAAAAAUAUUCCCAAAGUUUUUGUUGUAUCAACUUUGGUGAGCGUGAUGCCAGCUCAGCCUUUCUUAUUCCGGAACUAUCAGUACCCGGCGGGAACACUAGAAGUGCCUCUUGCAGUUUCAGAGAGUUCAGGAAUCACUGUGCAAGGAUCACCUACUGUGGGUGCUGAACUUGGCUAUAGGCGCAGUGCUUUUAUUGGCAGUUGUAAACAUCAAGUAUGGCAAGCUAUAAGAGCAUCGUCUGCAGCUCCAUAUUAUCUUGAUGAUUUCUCCGAUGAUGUAAACCGGUGGCAAGAUGGUGCAAUAGUGGCAAACAAUCCUACAAUUUUUUCCAUUAGAGAAGCACAACUUUUAUGGCCUGACACAAGAAUUGACUGCCUGGUUUCCAUUGGCUGUGGUUCUGUUCCAACAAAGGUGCGAAAAGGUGGUUGGCGUUAUCUGGAUACUGGGCAAGUAUUGAUAGAAAGUGCAUGCUCUGUGGAACGGGUGGAGGAGGCUUUAAGUACAUUGCUACCCAUGCUCCCUGGAAUGCAAUAUUUUCGGUUUAAUCCAGUUGAUGAACGGUGUGAUAUGGAAUUGGAUGAGACUGAUCCAGCGAUCUGGCUGAAAUUGGAAGCUGCAGUUGAGGAAUAUAUUCAGAAAAACUCUCAUGCAUUUAAGGAUGCCUGUGAGAGACUACUUAUGCCAUUCCAACAUGAUGAGAAGUGGUCCGAGAAUUUGAGAUCUCAACAUUUCCCCAAGUCAAAGGCAUCAAAUGAGGAUGAAAAAGGCCCAUCUCUAGGUUGGAGGCGUAAUGUACUACUUGUUGAAGCUUCACAUAGCCCCAAUUCUGGUCGAGCUUUUAACCAUGCUCAUGCACUUGAGUCAUUUUGUGCCCGUAAUGGAAUACGAUUAUCCCUAAUGCAAGGGAUAUCAGGAUUUGUGAAAACGGUGCCGGCAACAACGUUCCCAACACCAUUUGCUUCACCUUUGUUUCCUGCAAGCAUCCCAUCAAGUCCACUUUUCUACAGUCCUGAUUUUGGCCCACAGAGGGCUGGCCGAAUUGAUAUGGUCCCACCUUUAAGCUUAGAUGGUCAAUCUGGAAAGGGAGCCGCGUCACCACCCGAGUCUCCUGCAGGACCUAGACAGCUUUCUUUACCUGUCCAGUCAUUGCAUGAGAAGUUGCAGAAUUCGCCCCAAGUGGGCAUUGUACAUUUGGCCCUUCAGAAUGACUCACUUGGCUCGAUAUUAAGUUGGCAGAAUGAUGUAUUUGUGGUUGCUGAACCUGGAGAGCUUGCAGAUAAGUUUCUGCAGAGUGUUAAAUCGAGUUUGAUAUCGGUGAUGCGAAACCGCUGCAGGAAGGCUGCAUCAUCUCUCUCCAAUAUUUCAACUGUUUCUGAUUUGGUUGCUUGUAGACCAUACUUCCAAAUUGGAGGCAUUGUUCACCGUUAUAUGGGACGCCAAACCCAAGUUAUGGAAGAUGGCCAAGAAAUUGGAGCAUAUUUGUUUCGUAGAACUGUACCUUCUAUCCAUUUAUCACCUGAUGAUGUUCGUUGGAUGGUUGGAGCUUGGAGAGACAGGAUCAUUAUUUGCACAGGGACAUAUGGGCCUACGCCAACCUUGGUUAAGUCUUUUUUAGACUGUGGUGCCAAAGCUGUUAUAUGCUCUUCAGGUCAGCCCCCAGAAUCACAGCUGACAACACUCCAUGGAUCUGCAGAGUUCAGUGCGUUUGAAAAUGGAAAGUUUGAGAUUGGUGAGGAAGAGGCUGAAGAUGACAUUGAAGAUGAGGAGGCUGAGCCUAGUAGUCCGGUGAGUGAUUGGGAAGAUAGUGAAAACGGGGACCCCUCUACGGGUUUUUGGGAUGAUGAUGAGGAAGAAGUGUCACAAUUUGUUUGUCAAUUGUAUGAUUCACUGUUUCGAGAGGGUGCGAGUGUGGAUGUUUCUCUACGACAUGCACUUGCCUCACAUCGGAAGUUGAGGUAUUCCUGCCAUCUUCCGGGUAUAAACUAG